AUGAAAUCCGCUGUCAUUGUCUCCGUCGUGGCCGCCGCCAUCGCCAACGCCAACCCUAUCCUCACCCGAGGUCAAAUGUGCGACGUUGCCCCCACUGCCACUGUGGCAAACCCACCGGCUCCUCUCUCCUCUCCAGGAGCCACGACUGCCAGCGGAUGCCAGCAGCAAUGCGAGGCUAAUGGCUCUUGUCAGUCCUUCGUCUUCGGUCUGCCUCCUAGUGCCACCGCGCCAAAAUGCAUCCUCUUCGCUGUACCGGCCAGUCAGGUGCCCUCUCAGGGGACGAAUCUAAACAUAUUUGAUAAAGCAUGCUCCGCCAACACCGUGCCCACGCAAGCACCCACGGCUGCCAAUCCUCAGGGCCCGGCGAAUGGAAAAGGCGCUGGAAGCGAUGCUACGAAUGGACAUGGUGCUGCGAAUGGAAGCGGCACCACAAAGGGAAGCGGUGCCGCAAAGGGGGCUAGCGCUGGGCCUUCAAACCAAAAUACCACGGGAAAACGGGCUGAUACCUGCGGAGCGGCGCCAUCAGGCCCGUCUAACAAUCGCCCUUCUCCGUUCAGGGCCGAGACAAAUGUAGUUUCCCAACAGGCUUGCUUAGCUCUUUGUCAGCAGACCAAAGGGUGCCAGUCGUGUGAAUUCGGGAUUCCGUCUGCGAAUAGUCCUAAAGAGUGUCUGCUAUUUAGCGUUCCCGCUGCCCAGCUCCCUCCCCCUACUAAGGGACAAACGUUUGUGGCUUUUGAUAUUGGCUGUUAG